AUGACAGCUCUACGCGGCGAUUCCCCGGAUUUGCUCCGCAGCCUCAACUUUUUAGCAUUCCAGCCCCAACUCCAACCAAAACACAAACACCCACCUAGCGACAAUGCUAAUGUGAAACAACUCACAAUGGCAAACAUUCAAGACCAAAUAACUACCCACCUUCUCCAGACGAAAUCCCUUUCCGUCUCCCCGACCUGGCUACGCAGCUUCCUCUCUACAAUCAGCGCCGCCCAACGCAACACCCCAAUUCCAGCAUUAACCCAAACAGCGCUCUUCCGCCUCCUCACCUCCGAUAUCCGCGAAUCCCUGACCUCUAGCCCUUCUACAACACUUCCCGUCGACAUCUCCGACACCAACGUUCGAGAACGCCGCCUCACGGGGACCAUCCCCGUACAAGUCCUCGACAUCGAAGACAUCGGAACCAGUGCCUGGAGCCAAGUCGAAGCCAUCGAGCGUGUAGAGCGGGGUGAGGCGGUUCGAGGACGGGAAAUUGUGCGGACGGUCAAUGUUGGCGAUGAGGAUCAGGAUGAGCUUGCUACUACUGCGAAUGCGAAUGCGAGUAAUGGGCCGCAUCGGUUGAUUCUGCAAGAUGCGAAAGGGGCAAGGGUGAUGGGGAUUGAGAUGAAGAAGAUCACUGGACUUGCGUUUGGGAAAAUGGCUAUUGGGGCGAAAUUGCUCUUGCGGGGCGUUGUUGUGGCGAGGGGUAUGAUUCUCUUGACGCCGGACAGUGUUACAUUGCUCGGGGGAAAGGUUGAGGCGAUGGAUCAGGCUUGGAGAGCUGGGAGGAAGGAGAGGUUGCUGCAGAAAGUCACCGAAGCAGGGACAGAUACUGGACGUGCAUGA